CACGGAAGAGCUGGGGAGUGAGGAACCGGAGAAAGGAUGGGUCUACCCUGACAGUGGAGAUGGGGGGUUGUAUACUCUGGAGAAAGUGAAGCAAGAAGGGGAAAACGUGAAGCAAUGGCUGGCGCCGAGGAAAAUAUAAGUGAAGGACCAGCGCCGUGGCCCGGGGAAGGGAGAUCUGGGUGCGGAACCUUCCGACCGAGUGGGCUUGGAAGGCCGUCUGUACCCAGGAACUGCCCUCUGCGCGCAGGCCGGACCAUGGGAACCCAAAAACCUCGGAUCCUGCCCUGGCUGGUAUCGCAACUGGACCACGGGCAACUGGAGGGCGUGGCCUGGCUCGACGAGAGCCGCACGCGUUUCCGCAUCCCUUGGAAGCAUGGCUUGCGGCAGGAUGCCCAGCAGGAAGACUUCGGGAUUUUCCAGGCCUGGGCCGAGGCCAGUGGUGCCUACACUCCUGGAAAGGAUAAGCCCGACCUGCCCACCUGGAAGAGGAAUUUCCGGUCCGCCCUGAACCGUAAGGAAGUGCUUCGUUUAGCGGAUGACCGGAGCAAGGACCCCCACGACCCGCAUAAAAUCUAUGAGUUUGUGACCUCAGGAAUUGGGGACUUUGUUGAGCCAGACACCUCUCUAGACACCAACAGCAGAUCCAGUACCUCUGAUACCCAGGAAGACAGUCUGGAGAAGUUACUGAGUAGUGUGGACUUGGCCCCAGAUGGAGUUCCCUCAGGCCUGACUAUGGCCCCUGCUCACCCGCCUCAGCUCUUGCUGAGCCCCACCUUCGACAUCCCUGCUCCUUGCCCAAAUUCUGGACUCCUUGAAAACCCCCUGAAGCACUUGUUGGUAAGCGAGGAAGACUGGGAGUUCGAGGUGACCGCCUUCUACCGGGGCUGCCAAGUCUUCCAGCAGACUAUCUUCUGCCAGGGGGGUCUGCGGCUGGUGGGAUCAGAAACAGGGGACAGGACACUGCCUGGGCAGCCAAUAAGACUGCCAGACCCUGCAGUGUCCCUGACAGACAGGGGUGUGAUAGACUAUGUGAGGCGUGUACUGAGCUGCCUGGGUGGGGGACUGGCUCUGGGGAGGGCAGGGCAGUGGCUCUGGGCCCAGAGGCUGGGACACUGCCAUGUGUACUGGGCCGUGGGCGAGGAACUCCUCCCCGACAGUGGUCACAAGCCUGAUGGUGAGGUCCCCAAGGACACAGAAGGAGGCGUGUUCAACCUGGGGCCCUUCAUAGCAGAUCUGAUUGCCUUCAUCGAAGGAAGCAGGCGCUCACCACGCUACACCCUCUGGUUCUGUGUGGGGCAGUCGUGGCCCCAGGACCAAUCAUGGAUCAAGAGACUUGUAAUGGUCAAGGUUGUGCCCAUGUGCCUCAGGGCCCUGCUAGAUAUGGCACGGGCAGGGGGUGCCUCCUCCCUGGAGAACACUGUGGACCUGCACAUUUCCAACAGCCACCCGCUUUCCCUCACCUCAGACCAGUACAAGGCCUACCUCCAGGACCUGGUGGAGGACAUGGACAUGGACUUCUAGGUCACUGGGGAGGCCUAAGCCCUUGCCCUUUACAUCAACCAAUAAACUGGUUUUUGCCAUGGUCA